AUGUUCCCCCUCAACCGCAUCCCCAACUACGGCGGCCCCGCCGCCCCCGGUUUCUACAGCGCAACCGACUGGCAAGACCGCCACUUCCGCAACAACAACUACCGCACCUACGGCCCGGGCUGGCAAACCAACCCGCAGGCGGUGUUCGGGUACCGGGAGUUGGAUGGGGAUGCAGAAUCCGCGCACGAGGAUGUAUCGGGGUGGGUAUUUCUAAAGGAGGGGGAGGAGAUGGGGGUGUAG